AGUUUAAUGGUGGUGCCAUGAGCAUGAAACGAUAGAAACCAGCGGUGUUUGGAAAGUGAAGAAAGGAAAACGAAACUCACCGCUAUCUUCCAGCAAACAGCGAGUUUAUUUCAUUAACUGCUUCAGCCAUGCUGACCUGUGAAAUCUGUGGUGAGGAGAUUAUGUUGGAGGAGGACAUGAAGACACAUCUACUUCUCAGCCACCUGGAAUAUGACGUGGACUGCCCACUUUGUUCCCUGUCUGGAGUGUCCUACGACGAACUCUGCUUGCACAUCAGUUCUGCACAUCCAGAGGAGCAGCACAGAGCCCAGGAUGCAGCUCACUUCAUGUCCACCUCAGGCUGCUCUGCUGGAACAAACACUGCUGUAACUGAGGGCAAAAAGCCCCAAACACCUCCGUCCUGCUCAGCUGGAGACAGAUGUGAUACAGCUGGUAAAGUAAGACACGCCUGUGCCUCUGCUGUCCCCAAAGACUCAGUCCGACCUAAACAGAAUAGUACAGUAGAAAGCGUGGGGUUAUCGACUGGGAAGACAUCACCUAUCACUUAUACAACAUGUAGCCCUGACACAAGGCAGGAGUCUGUUGGGCAAUGUAAUGAGGACAAUAAUGGAACUACAGCAGAGCACAGCAGAGCCAAACAGAAGCGGCUGUCUUCACCAGGAAAAGAGAAGCUGUUCCCCUGCCCUAUGUGUGCCCUGGUGUGUAGCAGCUGUUUCAUUCUGCAGGAGCAUGUUGAGUUACAUCUGCAGGAACAGAUCUCAGCUCAAGGGUCAUCACUGGAGGCAUGUUCACCAGCCGGGACAUCACCAGCAGCCAGCAGCCUCUCAGGAGUGGAGAAGUUUCAGUGCCCUAUGUGCUCUGUCAUCUGCAGUGACAGCUUCUCCUUGCAGGAGCAUGUGGAACUGCAUUUAGACCACGGAGCAGCUGUGAACUCUGCAGGGAGCCCAGGCUCUGACCUGAAGCUGGCCCGACAGCUUCAGCAGGAGGAGGAGCAGAGGAGGAGGCAGGAGGAGGCCCAGCAGGAGAAAGAGGAGUUCAAGAAGCUGCAGAGGCAGUUUGGUCUGGACGGCAGUGGGGGCUACAGCAGACAGAUGGAGAGGAACAUGGAGCGAGCUGUGGCUCGGGGUCUCAUGGCCCCUGCAGAGUUUCACUGUAAGAAGGCUGAGAUGAUGGAGUCACUGGCCUCGGGGGUUGAUGAUGGCAGAACCAGAACUCAGGGUGUGGUCAGAGCAUUAUAUGAAUAUUACCAGACUGAAUGCAGAGACAGUGUCCACGUGUGGCUGAGUGCUGAAACCGACCACUACUGCUCCUCAGCGGGGGAUAAAGGCUGGGGCUGUGGAUACAGAAACCUCCAGAUGCUGCUCUCAUCUCUACACACAAUAGAUGUGUAUGCUCCCUUCUUACCAGAGAAGGCAGUACCUAGCAUCCCUCGGGUUCAGAGUAUGAUUGAGGAUGCUUGGAAAGAAGGUUUGGAUCCACACGGAGCAUCCCACUUCAACAAUCGGCUGCAGGGAACACGAGCCUGGAUCGGAGCCACAGAGAUCUACGCCCUCCUCACCUCUCUGGGAAUCAGUGCCCGCAUCAUUGACUUCCACCAGCCGACAGGCCCAGGUGGCACCCACCCCCGGCUGUUUGACUGGGUGAAGCAGUACUUCCAGUCCAUCAGGAGCAACAGACUGCCCUCCAGACUCAUCCAAACGUCCAUGCCCCCACUUUACCUGCAGCACCAAGGUCACAGCCGCUCUAUAGUGGGCUUGGAGCAGAAGAAGAAUGGCAGCCUGUGCCUACUGCUUCUGGAUCCUGGCACCUCAGCAUCCGACACCAAGAAGCUGUUGAGCAGGGACACGGUCCCAGCUGCCCUCCGCCACGUCAGGAAGUUCCCCAGCAGCUUGAAGCACAAGCAGUACCAGGUGGUGGCCGUGCAGGGUGUUCUGUCUGCUGAGGAGAAACAGAUAAGCAUCGUGAACUCCAGGACACUACAUGCUGAAAGGAUCCCGUGAACAGGAACGCACUUCUUUAUCUCUGCUAUCUGUUUGUUUUUACUGUGAACUUUUGAUUUCUCACUUCAGGAACUAUUUAUUGUAUUUUUUAAUAAAUUUUGUAACAGACACAGUUUUUUUUAAUAAAGUCUAUGCUCUCCA